AUGGGCCAAUCGCAGCGACUCGUCCAGCGAGAUCCCUUCCGGCUCGAUGCGGCCGCGAAUUGCAGGGGCGGAGGAUCCGCGCCGGGAUUGGCAGCCCGCGCUCACGGCAAUCGCUCGCUGAGUCUUCGGAGCGCCUUCGGCUGUAUCGCCACCCGAACGCGACGCCCUCCGUACCUCACGAGAGUCAUCACAAAGGUGCUGCUUGCCUCCACCAUGGCAGCGGCGGCGAUGGCGGCUGCGGAGACGGCUGCGCGGCAGGACGGGCAGCGAGCGGAGACCUGCGACACCGAAAGCGCCGCUGCUCAUCGGGGCUCUGCUCGCAGGCGCGCCGCUGGGCCGCGGCCGAUUGGAGCUCGCGGCAGCAGACGAGAAGGCAGCGCGGGCCUGUUAUUUGCAUAG